AUGGCGUCCGGCUCCAAGAGCAGCUCGCGCAAGCUCCAGGACUCGUGGACCAAGGAGGAGAACAAGCGCUUCGAGAUGGCGCUCGCCCACUUCGACCUCGACACCCCGGAUCGCUGGGUGCACGUCGCCAGGGCCGUCGGCAACAAGUCCGUCGAAGAAGUGCAACGCCACUACGAGCACCUCCUCAAGGACAUCGAGCUCAUCGACUCCACCCAGGAGCCAUUCUACAGUUACCCGACCACCAAUGACAGGCGCCGCAACGGCACCAGCGACCAGCAGAAGAGGUGGUUGCUUCUUCGGUACUCCAAGCUUUCAUCUUAUUUCUUCUUCAUCUCUGGAACACCCCCACCUUUCCGUCGUCGUCCUCAGUCUUUGCCUUUCUGA